CCGCGACGGGACUCCCGUUCCCAGCAGGCCGCGCGGGCCGCGCCGGAGGCAGGUGGGCGCCAGGCCCGGCUUGGGGCGCCAGGCCAGCGGGGGGAGACUUCCGCGCUCCGAGACGCCGCCCCGACAGCCCGCUCCGGCGGGCCCGGGCGGCCGGCGCCAUGACGCUGUUCCACUUCGGGAACUGUUUCGCCCUAGCCUACUUCCCCUACUUCAUCACGUACAAGUGCAGCGGCCUGUCCGAGUACAACGCCUUCUGGAAAUGCGUGCAGGCCGGGGUCACCUACCUCUUCGUGCAGCUGUGCAAGAUGCUGUUCCUGGCCACUUUCUUUCCCACGUGGGAAGGCGGCAUCUAUGACUUCAUUGGGGAAUUCAUGAAAGCCAGCGUGGAUGUGGCUGACCUAAUAGGCCUGAACCUCGUCAUGUCCCGGAAUGCUGGCAAGGGGGAGUACAAGAUCAUGGUCGCUGCCCUGGGCUGGGCCACUGCGGAGCUCAUUAUGUCCCGCUGCAUCCCUCUCUGGGUUGGAGCCCGGGGCAUCGAGUUUGAUUGGAAGUACAUCCAGAUGAGCAUUGAUUCUAACAUCAGUCUGGUCCACUAUAUUGUCGCAUCCGCUCAGGUCUGGAUGAUCACACGCUAUGACCUAUACCACACUUUCCGGCCGGCUGUCCUCCUGCUGAUGUUCCUUAGUGUCUAUAAGGGCUUUGUCAUGGAGACCUUCGUCCACCUCUGUUCCCUGGGCAGCUGGACGGCACUGCUCGCCCGAGCAGUGGUGACGGGGCUGCUGGCCCUCAGCACCCUGGCCUUGUAUGUUGCUGUUGUCAAUGUACAUUCUUAGGCUUGAUGCCACAGAGGUUCAUGCACCUUUUCCCCAUCUGCUGAUCUCAGUGAAGUAAACAGUAUUUGGGAAA